GCGAUGCUCACGGACUUGGACUGGCUUGGGCACAACCUCAACGACAAGAAGUUUAAGGAUCCGGAGGUGCCUCAAGAGAAGGGCUACGUCUGGUUCACAGUGGAGGAGACCAUCCAGGCAUCGGCCACUUCGCCUAUGGCCGUCGGCAAGGCUGUGCGUAUCAAGCUGCUGGACGAGGGCAUCGUGCCGGCUUGGCUGGACCUGCAUUACAUGCAGGUCUUCGCAGGCGGUGUGCCGCUGGGCUACAUGAGCGAGGCAGAGGUGGACCCUGAAGCUGAAGUUGGCUUGCCAGAGGCAGCCUUGGGCAGCGGCAAGGUGCAGGUGUUGCGGACGCCGGCGCACCGGCGGGUGAUUGUGGAGAACCAAUGCAGCCGCAUCGUUUUCAAGGACCCGAUGGACAGCCAGGCGAAUGACCUCGUGGACAUGGGCUGGGCGAUCUUUGACUCCUGCUACAAAGGCGCCACGAUUCGCCUUGGCCCAUUCCCCGGCAAGUGGUCGGAGGAGCCCGAGGGAGACCACGGCAUGGUCGACUUCAAGGCAGCCGGGCCUCCGCCUCUCUGCCACGGGGAGCAUAAGGACAAGGUCACUAUACAAGCGCCGAAGUCUGACCACCUCUUCGAGCGGCGCUUGGUCAAGUGA